AUGGUGACGAUGUCUGAGACCGGCGAGAAGCUGUCGGAGCCGCUGAAGAGCCCCGAGCCAAAGCCCACGGCGCUCAGUCGCAUCGCGGGAUUCCUGCGGCUCUUGACCUGCCAAAGGCGAUGCAAAACCGUGCAGGAGGAGAAGGAACGAGCUUUAGUUCGCUACAACGAAUAUGUGGCGUUGGGCCAGCAAGUGCCCCAGAGGAAACAGGAGGACUGGUACGAUCGCCUAGCAUGGUGGAGCGAUGUAAAGACCAAGCAAGGCUCUCGAGUCUUUGUUUUGGCGCCCAGAGGUCCCCAAGGUGAAACAGACUACCAAAUCAACAUGAGAGAACUUCUGGGCUUUGCGCUCUCAAAAAUGCACAAGGUGGUUGCAGAGGAGGAUACCCGCUUCGCGGUGGUCUGGGUGCAGCAGAGUGACCAUCGCGUUGGGCCAUGGAUGGCAUGGAGAUUUUCCGAAAGCCUUCAUGAAAAAUACGCAAAGAACCUGGAGGCGAUCCAUGUAGUUCAUCCCUCUUGGACCGUGCGUUUCUUGCGUUUAGUCCUUUGGCCCUUGGCCAGCGACGAAUUCUGGGAUUACUUCCACUCCCACGAGCGCAUUGAGUUUCUGGAUGUGGCUUUGGACAUGAGGAAAUUCCGAUUGCCCAAGGACAUCGUGGAGUAUGACCAAUGGCUGGACAAGCAGGCAGAGGAACUCCACAAGCAGCAGGCUUUGAAGCAUGGCCAAGGCCCAUUUAUGGGCACUGCCUUUGGCGGUAUGGGAGGCAUGGGCAGCUCGGGUGGUGACGAGGACUUCCGACUCUCGCCCAUCAGCUUCCUUUGCCACGCCAUAUGGCUGGAGCUCUGGUUGCGCAUCGCUUGGCCCAGUGGUGCAGAGGAGAAGCUGGCCCAGCUGCCUCGGCGCUUCCGGCAGGUGCUUUUUCUGGAUCCCUUUGGCGAUGUCUUUUGGGAUCCCAACCAGACCGGCAUGUCCCUGUUCGAAGCCCUGAAUGCCGAGAAAGACACCGAGCAAGCUGCUGCCAUACAGGGGGCACACGAUGCUGCCUGUGCAGCUACCUCGCAGCUUACAGUGGCGCAGUGCGCGCUGCGGAGGUGGCAAUCUGUGCCCAGCUGGUGCUGUUCUCAUGCUCAACGGGCUGAGUUGGCUCGCCUCGAGAGUCGUCGCACCAAGUGCGGAGGUGCCAUAUGUAGCGAGCUGGAGAGUCUGAACUCAGCAGCGCUUUGGCUCAAGAUGUGGGCCAUCACUUCAGACAUGCCUGCGCCGCAGCGCGCUCGCGGUCGAAUUUUUGGAACACCUGUUUUGAGGAGAUGUUGUGCCAUAGGCCUGAUGGUGGUGGCAUUCCGGGUCAGCUUGGUGCAAGACUUUGCUGUUGCUCAGAAAGGUCGCUUCACCACGAGUGGUUCCAAAGUCAGUGACUACAAAUACGACAUGGCAGAGCAGCAGGACGAGAGCGUAGCUUUAUCGCGCGAUGUUGUGGUGAACGACAUCCGUGACUUGAAUGAGCUGUUGAAGAUGAACGAUCCCAUCUGUCCAGAUGAGAAUGUCCUGCUGAUGGCCAUCACCCUGGACAAUGGUACUCGGAUAGAGCGGCCCACAGCAGAGGACCUCAAGGUGUUGAAGCCAACGAAGCUGAGACCUGUGGUCUUCCAUUGGAAGGAUAUGAGCAAAGACCAGACCAACGCUCCAAAGGAUUAUGACGAGAUUAUUCAGCGCUUGUUGAGCGCAAGCCCCACAGACAUGGAGGAGCUGAUUCGAGCAAACUGGAAAAUGUUUGACAAGGCCUUCUACUUUCGCUUGUACAAUCUGCGGGACAGAUACUUGGGGCACUCACUCUUCACGGAGCCGAAAUGGAGUAAAGAUAUGACCCCAGCAGCAGUUUUUGUUGGUGCGAUGCUGGGCAUGCUCCUCAUGGGUCGCCUGGGUGACACCCUUGGAAGGACCAGAGCUUUGCAGGUGACUUUGUCUCUCACAGUGCUGGGGGCACUGAUCCCUGCGUGUGCUGCUGGCUCUAGCGACAUAGUCUAUGGCACGGUCCUCUUCGGACGCUUGGUGCUAGGUGUUGGUGUUGGUGGUAUUUAUCCGCUCUCUGCGGUGUCAUCUGCCGAAGGUUGCCAUGAGGGGUCUGCGAAGGGCAAGCACGUGGCGCAGGCGUUCUUCUUCCAAACAGUGGGUCAAGUUGCUCCGUAUUUGGUGGCCAUGCUUCUGCUCGCCCUCUUUCAGCCAUCAACUCCAGCUGCGUGGGUGCCACAACUUCAGUUUCGACUUCUCUUCGCUUUAGGUGCCAUUCCGGCCCUUGUAGUGCUGCUCGCAUCCCUCCAAGCAGAGGAUUCGGAGGAGUUCCAGUCGCAGCAUCUCUCCGCAACAGUUGGCUUCAAGCGUGGGGUGAUGAAGACGCUGCUGGGCACCGCGGGAACGUGGUGUCUGUACGAUUUGGCCUUCUAUGGCACCACCAUUUUUACUCCCACCAUCUUGAUGCGCAUGUGCAUUACAGGUGAGGUGCACCCAGAUGGCAAAUGUUAUCAAACACUGGCACAGACCUCGAAGCAGUCUGCUUUGAUCUCGGCCAUGGGUAUCCCUGGAUGCUACGCUGCUGUGCUGCUGGCAGAGCGGAUGGGUUGCAAACGUCUGAACACCUAUGGUUUCCUGCUGCUGAGCGCAGCCUUUGCAGGGCAGGCCAUUGCGUGGAUGCUUGUACCUGAGGCUCACAUUUUGCAAUUUGUUCUAUUUUGUAUCCUCACUAUGCUCCUGAACUUUGGUCCCAGCCUGGGCACCUAUGUGCUCCCAGCGCUUUGUUUCCCGACUACAAUACGCAGUACCUGUCACGGGCUCUCGAGCACUGGCGGGAAGAUCGGUGCAGUGAUUGGCACCCUGAUUUUCGAGCCGAUCAGCGAUAGUCCAUUGGGCGUUCCUGGGGUACUUUGGCUUCAAUGCAUCACCUGUGUGCUUGGCGCGGUGGUUUCUACAGCCUAUUUGAAACAUGAUUGGGAAUACGAGCAAUCGCCGGAAAACCAUAGCUUCCGCCGCAGCCACAUCUCAGGCUCGUUGGAAGUGGCAUGGCCGGUGCAGGAAGACUGUGAGGACCCCAUGCUGAAGCAGAAGAUGCACAACUUAGAGAAGAUGACCUUAGAUUUGAUGCAGAAGGCGCAGGAGCAAACCAGAAAGAAACUCCCAGAACAUCAAGCAGACGCGCAAGCCAUUUUGAACGCUUUGGUGGAGGAGGAUGGUUCCACGCUCUUGUGGCCUCCGCCACCAGAAGCAUACACCCGGCUGGCAGAGGAGGUUACCCUGAGAGCGACACGAAACAAGUACGAGGAUGGUUGGUUCGAGGCAGUUUUGGAGGUCUGCGAGCGCUUCGGUGACAAGAUGCAGAAGUCGGAGAACGAGAUGGCGGGCAUGGCACAAAUAGCCAUGCAGCGGAUCGUAACGGAAUGGCUUCGCCACGACAGCCUUUGGGAGGAAACUGCAGAGGGUCGAUUCCUGGGUCGACUGAUGAGCAUCUCCCAUGAGCAGUGGCAAGAGCAGCUUUUCUACGAACAGGAUCCAUUGGAUUCAGUUAAGCUUCGUGAAGAAAUCAAGAUCAUCAGCGAGACGCGAGUCAUCGGUCUGCCUAUGGGUAGCAAGCUGCAGAUUUAUGUGGCCAAGUACCUUCAGGGGCUACUUCAGUUCAUUGAUGACAAGGAUAAGUUGCUGGAGGAGAUGAAGGAUGGCGGAGCACCAGCAGAUAUGCAAAGGGCACACUCAGUGGUGGUUGGAAACACCUUGCAGUGGAGGAUUUGGAUCAACCUGCCAGGCCUCCGAGCCCUUAGGUGUGGCCCUGUGCUGCCAGACCUGGAGUCGUUGCUAGCCACGUUCGAACCCACCUUGCGGCGAUGGCAGCGCCUGCCCCGGGAGGAACAGGACUCAGAUCCCUUCGCAAGCUGCUUGUUGGGCCCCUUCGAGCAGAGUGGGAUGAAGUCAGGCGCUGGUUCCUGCUUCUACUACGACCUUGAGAAUGAGCGCACUGUGUUCAGUGAGAAUGGCCUGCAAGGGCUCUUGGUGCUUUCUCUCCCAGCCCUCUCAGAACUGAUGGAGGAUGUAGAAGCUCAGUCCCAAAGCCUGAUCGAGCUGCGCAUCCUGCGUGACCUCACAGUAGCGCGGAAGAACCGAGAGGUGCGUGCCAGGGUCGAGAAGCAACGACACAUGGGACGGCGAAGCUUGCGGCAUCGAGUUCAGCGGCGCCUGAAGGACGACUCAAAGCGCUUUGGCACCAAUCUGGUGGGACUCUUCAACCAGAAGAGGCCGGUCAAGCAUGGCCAGAGCUGGUCACCGAUCCCCGCAGAAAACCCAGAUGAUCAUGAUGGACCGGCGGAGGUGGAAGCACAGGAUCCAACCAUCCGCGCUGUCGCUGGCAAGCAUGCGCGUGACUUCGUGCCGGAGAGAUUGCCAUGGCAAAUCUUGUGCCGAUUGACACGUGUUUGUCAAAUCACGUGGUUUAUGUGUGGCUUCAUGACCUUGCUGAAAGAGCUGGGCAUCCUGCAGGUGGACUUUCAGCGCCAGCGUCCAAAGGGAAGGCAACUUCACGUGGCAGCUUUGCAGCUGGAGGAUGGUUUGGCAUCCUGCAACACUGACGUGGUGGUCUCGAGUGCUCUCGGCCUCUUCCUGGCUGCAACGCCGCCAAUGAGGGAGGAACCAUUCCGUUUGGCGCCUUUGGUUCCGUCACCUAGGGCUUCACCCACAGUCUCCACUGCGUUGGGGCAAGAUGACGACCUUGUUCUGCUUGGCAUCGGUGAUGGGAUGCUGAACUAUUGGGAGCUCAGGCAGCUUCAACAAGGCCAAAGGGAUCCAAAGGGGAAAUCCUGGUUGGAUGCUGUGGGCUGGCGAGCUUGCGUGUCUUACGGUGAGUCAAGAAAGGCAUGGGAAAAGGAGGCCCGGUGGCAGGGACACACCAUUGGCUUCAAGAUUCACUCGGUCAGCCCAUCGAAGGAAGUGGGAGGCAAGAAAGGCAAAGAUAAGGGCAAAGGGAAGGGCAAAAGGUCCUUCGAACCAGAAGGUCCUCCAGACGAAAUCGAAGAAAUCGGCGAAGCCCUGCAUACUUGUGAAGACCAACUGGUCUGCAAGUGCACCAAUGAACGGGUGCCCCAGUUCAAUGCUCGACUGUUCUUGGAGAACAAGGAGCAGAUUGGCAAAGUGGACGACGUCUUUGGUCCCAUGAACGCCUUUUACUUCUCCGUGAAACUUGAAGAAGGAAUGCAGGCUGGGUCCUUCAAGUCGGGGGAAAAGUUCUUCAUUGACACGAUGAAGCUACUACCCAUGUCACGAUUCCUUCCGCAGCCGCCGAAGGGCGGCGGCAAAGGUGGGAAAGGCGGAAAGGGCGGCAAAGGUGGCAAAGGAGGUGGCAAAAAAGGCGGAGGAAAAGGAAAAGGGAAAGUGAAAGGUAAGAGCAAGGACAAGGGCGGAGGUGGCAAAGGCGGUGGCGGCCGUGGCCGGGGUUGA